AUGAAGAGGUUCACUCGUGCAUACUCGUCGGCGACGACCACUCUUGGGGCGGCUCCCAUUCCUGCCUCCAAGAUCAAGUACAUUCCCACCACGGGCACGUACCCCAAGGGCUUCAUCGCCUCCGGUGUCUUUGUCGGCGUCAAGCCCGGCAACACCUCCAAGCCCGACCUCGCCAUCAUCUCCUCGGACCGUCCCUGCGCUGCUGCUGGUGUCUUCACAAAGAACAAGUUCCAGGCCGCACCUGUGACUUUUAGCCGCAAGCUUCUUCAGCAGAAGAAGAAUGCUGGCCUUCGCAGCGUCGUCAUUAACUCGGGCAACGCCAACGCCGUUACCGGCACCGGAGGUCUUGAAGAUGCUACCAAUAUGGCCCGCACCACCGACCAGAGGGUUGGUGAUGAGGACUCUACUCUCGUCAUGAGCACCGGAGUCAUUGGCCAGAGGCUGCCUAUUCAAAAGAUUGUUGACCACAUCCCCAUGGCGUAUCACAAGGCUGGUGACUCCCACAGCCACUGGCUGAACUGCGCAAAGGCUAUCUGCACCACCGACACUUUCCCCAAGCUCAUGUCCCGAACUUUCGAGCUGCCAUCCUCACCGGGUGUCGAGUACCGCAUCGCUGGUCUGACCAAGGGUGCCGGCAUGAUUGCCCCUAACAUGGCCACCCUCCUCACUGUCCUGGCUACCGAUGCCCCCAUUGCACCUGCUGUCAUGCCUAAUGUGCUUCGACACGCUGUGGACCGCUCAUUUAACGCUAUCACUAUUGACGGUGACAGCUCUACCAAUGACACGGUUGCUCUUUUGGCCAACGGUGCUGCCGGUGGCAAGGAGAUUGCUUCUGAGCAGUCCCCUGACUUUGAGGUUUUCCAGGGUCUUCUGACCGAGUUCUCGGCCGACCUGGCCAAGUACAUUGUUCGGGAUGGUGAGGGUGCUACCAAGUUUGUCACCAUUCGUGUUGUCGACAGUGCAUCUGAGGAGGCGGCCCGCCAGGUUGCUCGUUCCAUUGCCACCUCUCCCCUCGUGAAGACGGCUCUGUAUGGAAAGGAUGCCAACUGGGGUCGCAUUCUGUGCGCCGCUGGUUAUGCCUUGAUAUCUCCUCCUGGGCAGCCUAUUAACGAUGUUCCCGAGAUUGUCCCUGAGCGCACCAACGUCUCUUUCGUCCCCACUGACGGCUCAACCGAGCUGAAGCUCCUGGUGGAUGGUGAGCCUGAGCAGGUCAACGAGGAGCGGGCGAGCGAGAUCCUGGCGAUGGAGGACCUUGAGAUCCUUGUCCGACUGGGCACCGGUGACAAGUCGGCUGUGCACUGGACCUGUGAUUUCAGCCACGACUAUGUGACUAUCAACGGUGACUACCGAACUUAG